AUGAAUCUAAAGGAACACAUGCCUGGCUUAACUGAUUUCCACAUUACCAUCGUCAUAAUACUAGCAAGCGAACCCAAAGACUCGGAACGCCCAUCAGGCGAGGUGGUACGAGUAGCACUUUAUCCCAGUGAUCGGGUUGGUAAAUUGGAACGCGAUAUGUCUGAAGUUCAAACAAGGCCUUCUGCCUCUCGUGGCAGGGUAUCUACCCGUGGUGGCCGUGGCGGCUAUAGCUCCAGAGGUGGUCGUGGUGGUAGCAGAUCCACAAAGGCAGACAACUCAGACGGCGCACCCACCGCAUAUGAAGACGAGGGAGAGCUUGGUCAGAUGAAGAAGAAAUACUCGGACACUCUGCCCAUGCUGAAGGAGCUAUUCUCUGAUUGGACUGAUGAGGAUCUGGUCUUCGCUCUGGAGGAUGCAAACGGUGACCUUGAGGAGGCAAUUGAUCGCAUUAGUGAAGGCAAUGUCGCUCAAUGGGGCGAGGUAAAGAAGAAGACUACGGACCGCAGCCGCCCCAAGACCAAGGAGGUACAGAGCACUCCCGUCGAGACAGUCGCCCCCUCGGUUCGAGGUCGUGGCCGUGGUGGCUUUGAAGGUCGUGGUCGCGCCCGUGGUGACCGUGGUCGUGGAGGUCGUGGUGGUCGGGCCGGUGCUCAUACCAAUGGAACUCGCACGGAGAAGCCAGCUGUCGCCACUUCGGUCGAGGAGACCACAGCUACGCCUGCGGCUGCUCCUGAGCCUGCCGCGGCUACCAAGCCCGAAAAGACCGUCGAUGCCGAGCCUGCUGCUGCAGAAAACGUUGACGAUGGCGCCAAGGAGGCACCCAAGAGCAGUGUGAUCCCGGAGGGCACAAAGAAGGGUUGGGCUAGCUUGUUUGCCAAACCGGCGCCGCCGCCUCAGAAGAAACCUGCCGCUCCUGCUCCUGCUCCUGCUCCUGCUCCUGCACCCGCUCCCGCUCCUGCUACCACCGCUGCCCCUGCCCCCGAGAAGCCUGCUGCUGCGCCUGUAACGGAGCAGAAGCCAGUUGAAACCGCCCCGGCUCCUGCCCCAGCCCCGGCUCCUGCCCAGGCUCCUGUUCCCGUCCCGGUCCCCAUCCCCGUUCCUGUCCCUGCCGAAAAAGCACCCGAACCAGCUAUUCCUCAACCUCAACCGGCCGCAGAAGAAGCUCCUGCCGCUACUCCAUCUUCCGCUGAUGUGCCCGCUCCGAAGGAUGAUUUGACGAAGAACAACCUUGCCCAGAUCCCCGAUGUCUCUCCUCCUGCUCCCACGGCUACCGCAGCUAGCACCGUGGGCAGUGCCCUUGACUCUACCCAUCUUGCAGCGGCUGCCACUCCCACGCGCGCUGCUCCUGGAACUUACCCUUCGAGUGCCUUCAAGCAGAGCACCCGCACCCCUGGCACUCAACGUCGUGUGAUGGAACAACAGGAAGCUGUGGUCAUGCCAGGAAACCAUGCUGUGGAUCGUGCUGCGGUCCAGUUUGGCAGCAUGGGAUUGAACGGCGAUGCCGCCGAUGUUGACAUUGAUGAGAACAGAGAAGAAGCUGAGACCCGUGCUCAGCCCCCUCAGCACUCCCCUGUUGCUCCUCGUGCCUCGUUGCCUCCUUCCACACAGGCUCAGGUGCCCACUGAAACCCCUGCAGUCGCUCGCCCGGCUCCGGGACUUCCUCCCGUGCCCCAGGUCUCUGCCGCUGAAAACUCCUUCACUGACUUCGCCCGCUACACCGACGCUCAUAAGCCCUACGACCCCUUCACCCAGCAGGUCACGCAGCCUCAACCUCAGAUCCAGGAGCCCUUUGCCAACCAAGCUCCUGUGCAGCCUACCGUCACGACCGGGAGCGAGUAUUCUCCCUUCUAUGCCGUCGACCAACGUCUUCCCUACAACUACUACGGCACGUACGGUCAGUCUCAGGAUGCCACGGUCGCUGCCCAGAGAGCAGGAUUUGGUGUUUCUGGCGCCGAAGUGCAACCGCAUGUUCCUACCACUCAGCCUCCUAGCCGCUACGGCCAUGUUGAAGCUCCUAACAGUGGCCACACCACUCCUAACCCCACCCUUCCUGGCGCUACUCAGACCCCUACGGCUCAGCACAUGCCUGGCCAGGGCGCUCACAGCUACGGCUACGGAUACCCGUACUACUCCAACCCUCACUAUGCUUCGUACAUUGGCCAGAUGAACCAGUACGGCAGGAACCGCCCGAUGUACGAUGAUGCCCGGAGAUAUGAUGACCACUACCUUCCUCACAGCACUCAAUAUGGUUACGGCAGCCAAUAUGGCCCGUACGGAAAGGCUGGAAUGUAUGGUCAGCCUCACGCCUUCUCUUAUGACCACUCCUCGUCGCCCGCUACAGCGGCCACCUUCAACCAGGCCAUUCCCGGUCGUGACUCGGUCUACGGCCGCACUGGAUCCGCCCAGCCAUCCGAGACUCAGCAGUCGGCAGCCGCCGGCUCCAAUGCCUUCGCAACCGGCAUGUCGGACGUCUUCGGUCGCACUCAAGGCGGCUUCGGACAGAACCAGCCGAUCACCCAGCAGCCUCCGGUGACCACGGAGGAGACGAAGAGCUUCGAUACCCCGAAGGCUGCGGGACCCAGCCCUUCUCUUGCCCAGGCUAACCGUCCCGGCUCCGCGACCAACAGCGCCGCUGGUCAGCCUCAGGCCCAAACCGGCCUUCCCCCGCUGCAGGGUCAGCAGGGCCAGCAGGGAUUCGGUGGCUACCCUCACCUGAACCCUCAGUAUGGCGGAUUGGGUGCCCUGGGCGGCCACCAGGCUGCAGCCAGCCAGACCCACCACCAGCCCACUGGAUACGGUAACUACGGCGGCGCAGGGUUUGCCAAUUACUAUGGUAACUCUGGACGCGGCGGCUGGGGAGGCAAUUACGGUCACUAA